CGCCACAAGUGGGAAGAUGCAGCUAGACGGGACAUUUUUUAAAAAUUUAAGUUAAUUUUAGCGACUUUUAUCAUCGAAAUAACUUUUGUUUUUAAAGUCGGUUGAAAUGUUUGUCGUCUCGUGGAUGAAGGUUUAGUGGAUUUACCGACGGAAGCUAAAAACUUCAUCAUUUCAUGAUGUCUCUGUCAGAAAGUGAAAGUCUCUCCGCUGAUCUUAAAAGUCCUCCUGAAGAGGACGCGGGGACCAAAACUGGACUGUCUCCGUGUGUCCCCGGGCAGAUGAAGGGCUCCACAGGCCGGGUGUUAACCCCUGAGGAGCCGGACAGACUCACUCUGGUGUCUGACUUCAAACUGGUGAAACUGGAAAAAGACGCUCAGAAAAACUGGGAUUUAUUUUACAAAAGAAACUCGACGAACUUCUUCAAGGACAGACACUGGACCACCAGAGAGUUUGAGGAGCUCAAGACCUGCAGACAGUUUGAGUCCCGGCUGGUGCUGCUGGAGGCCGGCUGCGGCGUCGGAAACUGCAUCUUCCCGCUGCUGGAGGACGACCUCAACAUCUUUGUGUAUGCCUGCGACUUCUCCCCGAGAGCUGUCGAAUAUGUCAAACGAAACCCUCUGUACUGCCCUGAGCGCUGCUCUGCCUUCCAGUGUGACCUGACCAAAGAUGACCUGAGGGACAACGUGCCCGAGGGCGGCGUGGACGUCGUCACUCUCAUCUUCGUGCUUUCGGCCAUCCACCCGGACAAGAUGAAGCCGGCGCUGCAGAACAUCAGCAGGGUGCUGAAGCCGGGAGGCGUCGUGCUGUUCAGGGACUACGGCCUGAACGACCACGCCAUGCUGCGAUUUAAAGCCGGCAGCAGGCUGGGGGAGAACUUCUACGUCCGCCAAGACGGAACCAGGUCCUACUUCUUCUCCAAAGAGUUCCUGGCUGAGCUGUUUGAGGACGCCGGCUUCCAGUCUGUUGCUAACGACUACGUCCUGAGAGAGACCGUCAACAAAAAGGAGGGACUCUGUGUUCCCAGAGUCUUCCUGCAGAGCAAAUUCACCAAACCCGACCAGUCGCAGAGCUCCUGAUGUCGCUCAGCCUCACAAAUCUCCAAAGAUGAACAUUUCUGUUGACGUUGAAUGCCAUAUAUGGACAACGCUGAAUUUACACACCCACAGCAGAGAGAAAUACAGAAAUCCCUGCAGGACAGC